ACACUUAUCUAAUCAGGCAAAAUGAAGAAUAAUCAUAACACCCUAGAGAAGAUAAAAACAGAAACAAUCAUAACAUUUACUCAUUAGAAAGCAAAAGCAAGAAUAAUCAAAAUAUAACAAUCCAUCCAUGAACUUGGAUCACACUCUUCCAACCAAUGCACACAAUAUGCAUAGGGUAGAGUAGUCAUAUAUUUACAGAAACCUAGGACGGUAUAUGAGUAUGGAAACCGCUGUGUUUCUGGCAACUCAAGACUCUGGAAAGCAGGUAUUGAUAUCCUGGUUCUCUGUAUAGAACAGUCUGGAACAUGGAUUACCUGCUGGGGAAAACCAUUUCUCUGUUACCUGAUUCCCUUCUGGUCCCCAUAACAUAGACAAAGCCACUUGGUUACUCUUGGUCUGUUGAAAUAGCGACAGAAUCUUUUAGCAUAGAGGCACUCCCUUGGAAGGUUGCUGAGUAAGUAAGUCAGAGUCCCUCUGACAAUCUGCCAAACUCCUCAGAUUUGCUUUGGGGCUCUGAGGAUAUUUUCCCUCUUAGGUCUUAGAAGUGAUAAGGCAAGGCAGCUUUUCUCAGUUCUUCAGGUAUAAGGGGAUUCUGCUUUGUCCAAUCAUUUCUCAGAAAAGUCAAGCAUCUUUUCACAACAAAGCAGAUGCAAAACCUUUCUCUCUCUUUCUCUCUCUCUGUUUGACCUUCUUUAACCAAAAAGGGCAGUAAAGGGCAAUAAAUGCCCCACCAAGAGGUUUCCCCCAUGUCAGGCUGCAGAGGGAGCCAGAGGAGCAAUAAGCUCAACUAGUUGUCUUCCAACAAGCCAAUCAACGCUCAGCAAAACAACCCCAUCUCUCCAAUCAGCAGGGCUCCCAGUAAAACAGCUGCAAAGCCUUCCUGUAUUUAAGCACCUUUUCCCAUCACCUACUGUGCCUUCUGCCUCCUAUGCUCAGCUUUCUCCCUUUAUUCUCCCUUCCCAGUUUCUUCUGCUGACUUCUCUGAAUACUAAUAUCUUGAAUCAGUGCCUCUUAAUAAGCAGUGCCCCAUCUCCAAGUUAUGAUCUGAAUCUCAACAAUUCAUCUUUUUUUUUUUGGUCAGGCAUGAAUCUCUAAAAUCCUUAUAUAUUCAUCUCAUAGUCUCCACUUAAACACUUUAAAAUGCUAAAAAUAGUCACAGGUGCAAGAGCUGACCGAUGGUAACACCCUCUGGCCACCAUUACCUCAGUCGUUGCUUUGCCUUGAAACAGACCCUUUCCCAUAUAUUCACCUCAGGGGCAGUUCUCAAUCUGGUUCCAGAAGAGUCAUUUUAUCUUAGAGAUAAAGUGUUUCUUCUCAAGUUGAUUUUUAUCAGUUUUCCUUACACAAAUGUUCUUUUUCUGCCCUUUCUAGCAACCAAAAUGUUCAUAUACAAAAGGGACAGUGUCUUUCAUAUGGAAAUGUUGGCAUACAAAACCAUUUGAAAAUGGGUAAGAGAUAAUUUGGUGGGAUGGAUUUAAGGAGAGGAGAACUAUUUUAUGGAUAUAAAAUUCCUAUCCAACUUCUAAGGCCUAGCUCAAAUCCUGUUUCCUGUGUGAAAACCUGGUUUAUUAUCCAGGUGCAAAAAAUUAUCCCAUUCUUCUUAAUUCAUGUUGUCUAUACCAUUUACUUGAUAAGAAAGCAACAAGUGUUAGAUUGGUAAUCAGGAGAUAAGGGUUUAACUCCUGGUCCCAACAUAUAUUAGUUGUUAGACUAUAUACACAUAUAUGUAUACAUAUACACACAUUUAAUCUGUAGUUUGAUUCUUGGCACAGUUGUGCCAUGCUGUUGAAUAUGCUGGCCCAGAACUACAAGGUGGAUGAACUUGGUUGCUGUGAGGCAAAAGCAUAUGUUCUGGGGAGGAACUGUGAUCCUCCCCUUGGGUGCUAUCACUUUGGAGCAAAGCACCAUUUGACUCAUGCUUGUUACAGCUGUUAGGUGUGUGACGGUGUGCAAGUCACUUCACUUUGAAGAGUCUCAGUUUCCUUAUCUGUAAAAUGGGGAUAAUAAUAUAUGUACUAUUUACCUUAGAGUGUUAUUUUGAGGAUAGUUCUUUGUAAACCUCAAAAGGGUAUAAAAUGUUAUUUUUAUUUACCACAUUAUGAUGAGUAAUCCCAUUUGGAUUCUAGCAUCAUAAACCCUGUUAUGCCAUAUGAGUAAAGAGAGGAGACUCUAAAGAAAAUAAAAAAGGGAAGAGCAUCUGAACUAGACAAACUAGAACUAUAGGGGGAUUAUCCUGGAGGCACAUGAUUUUGAGAGCACUGAGGGGUUGGAUUAGAUGAUGUUAAAUGCCUUUCAACCCUAACUUUAUGAUCCUAAUCUGAUGAACAAAGUUAAAGAACCUUUCUCAGUCUUCAUUCCUUUUCCUCUCUGCUGGUCACCAUGACUACUUAACAGACCUCUCUAUGUUGACACUCUCUCCCUUUGACAUUCUUCCUCUUCUCAGCUAUGCAGAUACUCCCCAAAGCACUGUCUCUUAUACUUCCAAGCUGUUCUCAUAUUGCCAGCUUCAUCCUUAAUGGCUCAAAGGCAUGAUCAGUAACUUUACUGUUCAAAACCCUUUAAUAAUUUAACUUGUUUUAAAAAAUAUUUUCAUAAUUAUAUUUCUGUUAUUGGUUUCCUUUGUAAUACUUCAUAUUUUAUUUUAUUCUUUUAAAAAAUUAUUUUGAGAAAAGGUCUACAGGCUUUGCCAGACCCCUAAAGGGAUCCAUGAUACAAAAAGGGUUAAGAACCUCAGAUUUAAUUCACUCCCCUACUUUUUUUUUUCUAGCAGGUUAGGAAACUGAACCAGAGCAUGGAAGCAACUUUCUAGGGUCAAAAUCUGGCUCCAGACCACUUUGAUUUCCCAUGAGGGACUCUACCUAUUACUCCUCUUACCUCAAUGUAUUGUGCAAACUUCCUGACCUUCAGGUACCUAGAAUGCCCUUCCUCUCUAUCUCUUCCUAUUGAGGACAUACUCAUUAUUGAAGGCCUAUUGCAAAAGUCACCUCCUCCAUUCUUCCUUGCCUGACUCCAUCCUCAUUUGUUCUCAUAUCCUUUGUCCUUUUCCAAUUUGAAUUAAAUUUACCUGUGAUAUCUUCUCCCCCCACUAGACUGGGACAGGGACUCAGUCUCAUUUAUAUUUAUUUGGAUCUCUUCCAGCACUUAACACAAUAGACAUAAUCCUACCUAAUACACAUCUGUUGAAACGCAUUUCUACUUAUUCUGGAUUACUACAGGGAUCCGGACACAGUCAGGGCCCUGUUCCCAUUCUAUCCCUUCCAGCAUGUCGGGCUAGCUUCCCUUCCCCAGUUCAGACACCAGCGAUGCUCCAGGCAGGGGAGAGGCCAGCUACAACCUUUCAGGGCCUUCCCUCCUCUCUCUUGCUUCUACUUUCACUUUCAGUCCCCACACUAAGAGGCUUAACCUGCAAAGGACCGGGACAGCGGGCUCCGGCCCCCAGAAACUCAGGGUCUAUGCCAAUAGGCAAUUUUAGGAGCAAGAACAAGAUGGCUAUUUUGCCACUUCAGUUACCACUUAUGACUUUACCAUCACUGUUGACUACCUUGAUUGUAUGGGCUUCUACAAGGUGCCAAAGCAUGGAAACAAACUCUCCAAGAGCUAUUAAUGGAGCUCCAUUUCCUUGGAAUAAUAUGCGGCUUCCCAACUACAUCUUUCCAAUUCAUUAUAAUCUUAUGAUCCAUGCCAAUCUCACCACUUUGACAUUCUCGGGAGCCACUGAAGUAGAAAUCAUCGUCAAUCAGCCCAGCAGUUUCAUCGUUAUGCAUAGCCAACGCCUGCAGAUCACCAAGGCAACCCUCAGAGAGAAAAGCCAAGAUAAUCGGGUAGAGCAGCCCCUGACUGUUCUGGAGUAUCCAUCCAAUCACCAAAUUGCACUUAUAGCCGAUCAGCCCCUUCAGAUUGGACGUCAGUACAUAGUUACCAUUGAAUAUGCUGCCCCUCUUUCUGAAUCUUUGCAUGGAUUUUAUAAAAGUUCUUAUAGAACUCAGAAGGGAGAAGUGAGGAUGCUAGCAUCCACACAGUUUGAGCCAACGGCAGCAAGGAUGGCCUUUCCCUGCUUCGAUGAACCUGCCUUUAAAGCUAGUUUCUCAAUCAAGAUUAGAAGAGAACCACGGCACCUUGCUAUCUCCAACAUGCCAUUAGUGAAAUCUGUGAAUAUUGCUGAAGGACUAAUAGAAGACCACUUUGAUGUCACUGUCAAGAUGAGCACUUACCUUGUUGCUUUUAUUAUUUCGGAUUUUGAGUCUGUCAGCAAGAUGACCAAAAGUGGAGUCAAGGUUUCUGUGUAUGCUGUACCAGAGAAGAUAAACCAAACAGGCUAUGCCCUGGAUGCUGCAGUGACCCUUUUGGAAUUUUAUGAGGAUUAUUUCAACAUUUCAUAUCCUUUACCCAAACAAGAUCUUGCCGCCAUCCCUGACUUUGAAUCUGGUGCCAUGGAAAACUGGGGAUUGACAACGUACAGAGAAUCUGGACUGUUGUAUGAUGUUGAAAAAUCCUCUGCUUCCAGUAAACUUCGGAUCACCAUGAUGAUAGCCCAUGAACUAGCCCACCAGUGGUUUGGGAAUCUUGUCACCAUGGAAUGGUGGAAUGAUCUUUGGCUAAAUGAAGGGUUUGCAAAGUUUAUGGAGUUUGUGUCUGUCAGUGUGACCCAUCCAGAGUUGAAAGUUGAAGAUUAUUUCUUUGGAAAAUGUUUUGAUGCCAUGGAGAUGGAUGCAUUAAAUUCUUCUCAUCCUGUGUCCGCACCAGUGGAGAAUCCUGCUGAGAUUCAGGAAAUGUUUGAUAAUGUUUCUUAUGAAAAGGGAGCUUGUAUCUUGAAUAUGCUAAGGGACUAUCUUAAUGCAGAUGUAUUCAAAGCUGGCAUUGUGCAAUAUCUCCAGAAAUACAGUUAUAAGAACACCAAAAAUGAGGAUCUGUGGAAUAGUAUGACAAAUAUUUGUCUGAUAGGUGACACACAAAAAACAGAUGGAUUUUGCUCAAGGAACCAACCUACAUCCUCACCUUCGCACUGGAGCAAGGAGGCUGUUGAUGUAAAAGCCAUGAUGAACACGUGGACACUACAGAAGGGGUUUCCAAUGAUCACUGUCACCAUGAGAGGAAAGAAUGUCCAUAUGAAGCAAGAACUCUAUAGGAAGGGAAGCAGUCACUCUGAGGAAACUGGGUACCUGUGGCAUGUUCCACUGUCAUACAUUACCAGCAAAUCAGAUAAAGUUGAAAGAUUUUUGCUAAGAACAAAAACAGAUGUCCUCAUCCUCCCAGAAGAGGUAGAAUGGAUCAAAUUCAAUGUGGGAACGUAUGGCUAUUACAUUGUACAUUAUGAGGAUGAUGGAUGGGAAUCUUUGACUGGCCUUUUAAAGGAAAAGCAUAUGACAAUCAGCAGCAAUGAUCGGGCUAGUCUAAUUAACAAUGCAUUUCAGCUUGUCAGCAUUGGAAAAUUAUCCAUUGAAAAAGCUUUGGACUUAACCCUGUACCUGAAACAUGAGACUGAAAUUAUGCCCGUGUUCCAAGGUUUGAAUGAGCUGAUUCCUUUGUAUAAGUUAAUGGAGAAAAGAGAUAUGGAUGAUGUAGAAACUCAAUUUAAGGCUUUCCUCAUCAGGUUACUCAGGGACCUCAUUGAUAAGCAGACAUGGACAGAUGAUGGCUCAGUCUCACAGAGAAUGCUGCGCAGUCAACUCCUUCUGCUUGCUUGUGUACGCCAGUAUCAACCUUGUGUUCAGAAGGCAGAAGACUAUUUCAAGAAAUGGAAAGAAUCCAAUGGAAAUUUUAGCUUACCAUGUGAUGUGACCUCAGCAGUGUUUGCUGUUGGGGCACAGACCACAGAAGGCUGGGAUUUUCUCUUUGAGAAAUAUCAGUUGUCUUUGUCCAGUACUGAGAAAUACAAAAUUGAAUUUGCCCUGUCUACUAGCCAUGAUAAAGAAAAGCUUCAAUGGUUGCUGGAGCAGAGUUUUCAGGGGGAUAUAAUAAAAACUCAAGAGUUUCCAAGUAUUCUUGGUUUGGUUGGCAGAAACCCAAAGGGUUAUCUCUUGGCUUGGCAAUUUCUGAAGGAAAAUUGGAAUAGAAUCAUACAGAAGUUUGAACUUGGCUCAAAUUCUCUAACAGACAUGGUGAUAGGAACCACAAAUCAGUACUCUACAAGAGAACGACUUGAAGAGGUGAAAGAAUUCUUUAGCUCUUUGAAGGAAAAUGGUUCCCAGCUUCGCUGUAUCCAACAAACACUUGAAACAAUUGAAGAAAACAUACAUUGGAUGAAUCAGAAUUAUGAGAACAUCAGAGUGUGGUUACAAAAAAGCACCAGCUCAUUGUAACUUUUCACAUCUUGCCGGGUUCCUGUGAUCUACUGUAAUUACCAGAUUUUGUGAUAAAGGUGAAUUUACCAAGGGAAAAAAACCCCUUUUUUGCUACAAGAUGGAUAUCUUUUCUAGCAUCUAAAAAAAAAACCAGUUUCUGGCUCAACUCCACUCAUUUUUCUACCCCCCAUGACUAGCUAUGCAUUUCUCUCAGCAGGAUUAUUGACACAGAUAUUUACAGGUGCCAAUUCAGUAUAAGCCUUGUACCAAAAUGUAAAGGAUGCUUGGGUGUUUUUCACCUGAAUCCAGAACCUACUGCUACCUACUAUGUAUUAAGACCAGUUUCCUCACCUGUAAAAUAAAGAUAACUCGCAUGCAACCUACCUCAAAAGGUUUUAAGAAAGAUCUUUAAAAACCUCACAUUGCUAGACAAGUCUGAAUAUGUAUGAAGCGUAUCUAUUAUGAUAUUUUUUCUCCUCCAGGAAGGAAAAGUGAGAGGAAUAUCAUGAUGAUUAUCUUGAAACUAGUAGGGGCUAGAACAAAUAUGCUCCAAGAUUAGAAUAUGAAUCCAAUGUUAAAAAAAAUUAAGAGUUCCCAUUAAGGCUUAGCAUAGGGGUUUCUUACCCUGGGGUGUGUGGACCCCCAGGGGUGGGGCCCCUUGAACUUAGAUGGUAAAAAUUACAUUUUUAUUUCAAGAUAAUUGGUUUCCUUUGUAAUCCUUGUAUAUAUGCUAUUUAAUGAUUUUAGAACAUCCUUCUGAGAAGAGGUCUGUGGUACAAAAGGGGCUAAGAAGCAAAAAUGUUUAGCUGAGAUUGAGCUGGAGUGAUGUUGCUUGGUGAUAAGGUGGUAGGAAGAGAGAAGCACAAAUGAAUUAAUUUGGUCUGACCAUGAGUGCUUGAAGGAGUUAGGAAAUUGUAAUGCCAAUGAAGGUCAAUUAGGUCAAAGAAUAUUAACUGUAUUAUCAUUAGCACUAAAAUGUCAACAUACUGCAAGGUAACUGAAACUACAUAAACACACAAGUCAAAAUGAGAACCAGCUGCCUUUAUAGUUUACAUGAAUUAAAAAAGAUACCUAGGAUUUUGUAUUAGAACAUACUAGGCUUCUUAAUAUUUUGGAGUAAUGAUAUUUCAGUGGAGAAACAACUUGAGAUGUAGUGACUUAAAAGAGUAUUAAUGACACUUUUCUAGAUAAUGUUUUAUAAAGUUGCAUUUUCUGUUAUUUGAGAAAUGUAAUUUAAUGAACAUCAGUCAUACUUUUCAGUUUUUUCUUAUUAAAGAAACACAACCAAAACUAAUGAAGGUAAUUUUAAUGGAAAGUUUGUUGUUUUAAAUAAAAUGGAAUCCAUUUGAA